CUUGGUUCCAGCAGAAGUAAUCCACUUGACAAUUGGAUCGACGCGAACUUGAUUAUCAUUUUAAGCAGAGAGUGCCACAUCGAACCACAAUUAUCUAUCGCAUGGCAUUUCGCACAAAAAGCUAACUAAACCGAACCACUUCAAGUGGGAUAACAAUUUUGUAUAUGAGUUACGAAACUCAAGUAUCGAUUAUUUCAUAUUCUAGGGAACAUUUCGAAUUCGAAUUGAAACGUAAAAUAUAAAAUUUUCGAAAAUGUCUUCAAACUUCUUACGCAUAGUUUUCCCCAAUGCAGCUAGUUGUAAGUUCUUAUCGGCACUUGGCACGCUCGUUGAUAGCGGAUCAGCGCUAGGAGUUGUCAACGCUGGGACCCCAAUGGGCGUUCAGCCAAGACGCGACACAUCCGCUGACCGUGCAUAUAAAUUACCUAUGACUGUGCGGCUCGGCUGACAGUUGGCCUAACACACAGUAGCUAUGCGCGACGUAUGCUUGAUGCAUUUGCUACUGCUGCUUGUGCUGGCGGCUACCGCAGCUAUGCCACACAACAGACAACAGCAGCAGCACCACCAGCUGGGCAACGAUGUUCAGCGCAUGGACAAUGAGUACACGCCGAUAAUACACAUCAGCUCUGCUGUGCUGCAGCUGGCGCCAGACGAGCAAACGCAUUUGCUGCUUUCAGGCAGUGGCCAUGGCCAUGGCAACGGCCACAGUGGCUCAUCUCAGCCGACUGGCCCCAUCGCUCACUGGCCGCACAUCUACAGGCUGGAGGACCUGCUGCCCGUGCGAACGCCAGCAGCUGCCGAGCCGCGACUCACAGUCAGCGACAAUCUGGACUUUCAAGCCAACAGCCCGCAGUAUGUGCAGUCCCACGGACGCUAACGAGAGAAGUCAGGAAUCACAGGCGCGCAUACAUGACAAACUUAGCUGAUUUAUUGCAAAAAAA